AUGAGUAAGUGCAGUAAACUACCAGUUCAACAGCCAGCCAGUUCUGAGAUCUUCAGCCCAGACAUUCUUGCUGAUGUUUUUGAACUCUUUGCCAAGAACUUUAUGUACUGUCAGCCAGUUGCUGGUGAGUGGCAGUCACCAACUCCCAGUGAGCUCUUCACCUGUGACCAUACAGAGUUCAGUGCUUUUCUUGACUUGAAGAACUCCCUAAAUGAGGUGAAAAACCUCCUGAGUGACAAGAAACUAGAUGAGUGGCACAAGCACACUGCUUUCACCAACAAAGCAGGGAAAAUCAUUUCUCAUGUGAAAAGGGCAGUGAAUGCAGAACUCUGCACACAAGCCUGGUGCAAAUUCCAGGAGAUUCUGUGCAGUUUUCCAGUUAUCCCACGGGAAGCUUUUCAAGAAGGAAAACUGAAUUCUGUGCACCUAUGCGAAGCUCCAGGAGCCUUCAUAGCUAGUCUCAAUCAUUACUUAAAAUCCCACCGGCUCCCUUGCAAAUGGAAGUGGGUAGCUAACACAUUGAACCCGUACCAUGAAGCAAAUGACAAUCGUAGGAUGAUUAUGGACGAUCGGCUGAUUGCAAAUACCUUGCACUGGUGGUACUUUGGCCCAGAUAAUACAGGUGAUAUCAUGACCCUGAAAUAUCUGAGAGGGCUUGAGGAUUUCCUCAGCAGUGUAUCAACUGUUCACUUGGUCACUGCAGAUGGGAGUAUUGAUUGUCAAGGAAACCCAGGUGAACAGGAAUCUUUAGUCUCCUCUUUGCAUUACUGUGAAGUUGUCACUGCUCUUACCACUCUUGGAAAUGGUGGCUCUUUUGUUCUAAAGAUGUUUACACUGUUUGAACAUUGUUCUGUAAACCUCAUGUACCUGCUGAAUUGUUCCUUUGACCAAGUCCAUGUUUUUAAACCUGCUACCAGCAAGGCAGGAAACUCUGAAGUCUAUGUGGUGUGUCUCCACUAUAAAGGAAAAGAGGCUAUGCAUCCUUUGUUAUCUAGGAUGGUGCUGAAUUUUGGCACUGAGAUGACCAGGAAAGCACUCUUUCCCCAUUAUGUGAUCCCCACAUCUUUUCUUGAGCAACACAAAGAGUGCUGUACAUUCUUUCAUAGAUACCAGUUAGAGACUAUUUCUGAGAACAUUCGUCUGUUUCAGUGUAUGGAAGAGGGGGAACAAGAGAAACUGAAUAAUUUAAAGGACUGUGCUGUACAGUAUUUUAUGAAAAAAUUUCGACUGAAGCAUCUUUCUAGAAAUCACUGGCUUGUUAAAAAAUACAAUAUCGGUUGUAGUACAAACAUAAAAUGGAUUGGACAGAGGGGAGAGUGUUUUAAAACCUAUAAUGAACGGAAGAUGCUGGAAACCCUUUCAUGGAAAGAUAAGGUAGCCAAAGGAUACUUCAACAGUUGGGUGGAGGAACACACCGUCCAUCAUCCUGGACAGAGUUCCCUCUUAGAAGGGACUCCUGCUGAUCUUGAGUGCCACUUGUGGCAUAUUUUAGAAGGAAAGAAACUGCCAAAGGUGCAGUGUUCUCCUUUCUGUGAUGGUGAUAUUUUAAAGACUCUUAAUGAAGCCAUUGGAAAGUCCAUAGAGGCUUUGAGUAUGGAUUCAAAGUUCAAUCCCAACCAUCAAUACCAAUGUUGUGACAUUUUCUCAGAAGAAUUGAUAUUAUCCGAGUUGUUUAGCCUUACCAAGUGCCUUCAGGAUGAGCAGACUAUAGAACUGGGCAGCCCAAUAAAGUGCCUGCUUGUGGGUUCACCGACUGUCUGUGAUUUAAAAAUGCACACACCCCUGGAGGUCCAGCUUCUGGAAUCCAUCGAACUCCUAACCUUCAGUUGCUCAUUGCUUCAUGAUGGAGACCCAAUAUACCAGCAUUUGUUUCUGGAUUGCCUUCUACACUCACUGAAGCAGCUUCACACAGGGGAUGUGAUGGUUUUGCCUAUACUUUCAUGCUUAACAAGAUUUAUGGCUAGCUUGAUCUUUGUCCUCCACAGCUGUUUCAGAUUUGUCACAUUUUCUUGUCCUACAUCCUCUGAACCCCUCAGGACCUGUGCUGUCCUGCUCUGCAUUGGUUAUCAGAACCUUCCAGAUCCAGUUUUCCAGUAUCUGCAGAAUGUUAAGGAAUUGUUGAGAGCUUUGCUCCACUCUAAUGCACCCCAGCAGGUUUUGCAGUUUGUGCCAAUGGAGGUGCUCCUUCAGGGGACAUUGCUUGAUUUUUUGCGCAAUUUGAAUGCUGCCAUUGCAAAAAGGCAUUUGCAUUUGAUUAUUCAAGAAGAGAGAGAGAAAGUCAUCAGAAGCCUUGAGCCACAAACUUGA